UGUAAUACUUCCAAAAUCCUAUGGGGUCCGCUUAUCUUUCUUUAUGGCUGGUCAAAGGACGUCGCAUCAUUCUCUCUUCCUCCUGUAUUAAAAAAAUGUCAUGAAGAACAACGUCAACACGAACACGACAUUGUUUAUAGCAGUAAAAGGAAAAAUCAUCAAUCAUAAUCCAUUACUUUAAUUGUACAACGUUUGAAAUGGUCGGUUUCUUUUUUUUUUUUUUUUUCACAAUAGCUUCUUUCUCUUUCAUGUUUCAACUCCCCAAGGCCUCUGUUCUUUUUUCUCCAUGUAAAGAUUUCAUUUUUACCCAGAUAUUGAAGAUCAUUAUUGGAGACUGGAGACCUUGUUCACAGGCACAAGGGACUUCAUUCUUGACUUUGAGUAUUUAUUUACAUUUUCUCGAGGCUUUGGAUAUUGUUGCUGAGGAAUUAAUCGUGUUCUUCCCGGUGUUAAUGUCCUUCACUGAGAAGUUUGUUCACUUCUUGUUUUGCCUGAUCUUGAUUGCCUAGAUUCUUUACAACUUUGGAUUUGACAUUGAAAGCUUAUUCCAGUUGGGAGUUGAAGGUUUGAAUAUUUUUGGUCGUUCUAAUGCUUGCUGCUUAGUUAGAUUCACUGCAUAUUGAUGGGAUCAAUUAAGAAUACAGUUCAUUAUUGUUGUGUUUCAAAGGGUAAUAGGUCUCUGUAUGAAUAUAGUGGGGGAGAUCAUGAGAUAGAAAAUUUGGCUGCCUUGUGCUUGGAAAGGACUCCCCGAUUCCAUAAGUGGUAUUUUGAGACAAUAAGUACAAUGACUUAUGGCUUUUUGAUAGAAGAUGGGUAUGUUUAUUUCAUAAUUGUUGACAAGGGUCAUGAAAACCGUGGUGUGCUUCAGUUUCUAGAGCACAUGAGGGAUGAAUUUAAAAAUGUAGUUGGGAAUGGUUCAAGAGGUAGCUUUUCAGGUACGAGUUCAAUUGGCAUCCAAGAGCAACUAAUGCCCAUUAUCCUGCACUUGAUAACUUCAUUAGAACGUGUUUCAUAUAGUAGCAAUGAUUGGAAGGCUGAGACUCCAUCAUCAGAUCAUGCAGGUCGCUCCCCAUCUUCAAGUAAUGCAAAUGUACAACUUGAAGCUGCUAGUUCUACUAAAGCCCCUUCGUUGGGCAAAUCUAGCAACCAAGAGAAGAAGUUGAAGGAUCACGUGAUUGCGGUGAGAGAUAUUGAAUUGGAGGAACAUCAGAAAUCUAUAGAUAGAGUGUACGUUGAUUCAACCGUUUUGGAUAAUAACAACCAAAAUGGAGCAAGCUCUUCAAUCUCAUUGCAGAAGGACUUGGGUUCAACGAGGAUAAGAUCUGGAUCUGGGAACAUCCAAAAGAAGUGGAGGCGUCAAGUCCGGAUUGCUCUUGCCAUUGAUGCAGCUGUUUGUUUACUAUUGUUUGUGAUUUGGUUGUCAAUAUGUAAGGGCAUUAAGUGCACUCGUUCAUGAUUCCAAAUCAAUGCCACAA